UGAUGAGGAAGUCAGAGGUGGUGAAUCGUGGGAAGAGGGUCAUCCGCGUAACUGCUGUUUUUACCGUUUUUGUUUUUAAGGCUUCGACAUGUUUGGCACGGAGGUCGUUCUGGCGUUAAACCUUCUCCUGUUUCUUCAUGUCGUCGCUCAGUUCGGGGUUAAUGGAGAGCACAAGUGGCCCGUGCCCUACAGGCGCUUUGAUCGUCGACCUGAUGUGGACUCUUACUGUGAAGCCCUCUAUCCGUUCUGCCCCACCGGAGACCCAGAUGGAAGGAUUCCCUAUAUGAGAGACAGCGAUACCGUCUCGGUGUAUCGGCUGCAGACUCCAGUAUGGGAAUUCAAGUAUGGAAGUUUGCUGGGGAAAUUUCACAUCAUGCAUGAUGCUAUUGGGUUCAGCAGUGCAGAGACAGGAGCCAACUACACCAUGGAGUGGUACGAGCUGUUUCAGCUGGGCAACUGCACUUUUCCUCACCUCAGACCCGACAUGUGCGCACCAUUCUGGUGCAACCAGGGAGCUGCCUGUUUCUUUGAAGGCAUCGAUGACUUACACUGGUCACAGAACGGCACCUUGGAGAAAAUAGGAGAAAUCACCGGGCGACAGUUCAACGAUAUGGCCCGCUGGGUGCAGGAGGACAACGAGACUGGGAUCUACUACGAGACGUGGACUGUUCGCUCUGACCCCAGCCCCAACACCACAGUGUGGUUCGAAUCUUACGACUGUUCCCAGUUUGUCCACCGCACAUACAGGAAACUGACGGAGCUGGGAGCCAAACUAUCCAGCCGAUCGCAGACCAACUACACCAAGAUCUACCUGUACAGCGGCGAGCCCACGUUCCUCGGCAACGACAGCGCCAUUUUUGGACAGCCUGCUCUGAAAAAUUUGGCAUUGGACAUCCGUAAAUUUUACCACACAUUUAGGCCACACCAGUCAUUUGCAGAUGCCAUCUUCAGUCUGCUGGAGGCUUUUGAAAAGGUCCUAUUGGAAAGGAGUUUCUACCUCUACUACAACUUUGAGUACUGGCAUCUGCCAAUGAAACCUCCAUAUGUGCAGAUUACAUAUGAAGAGGUGCCUUUACCUUAAAACCCCAUUUAACUUUUUUUUUUUGUUUAAUAUUAUUAGCCAAAAGGCUAAUGACAAUAUUAAUGUUUUCUUGUCCUUGGAAACAGCAGUUAUGUAGAGCCACCUGUGCAACAAUAACAUGCAGGGUCUCACAUCACUGUGGAGAAAUUUUGGUCAACUCUUCUUUACGACUUUGCUUCAAUCCAUUGAGGUGUGUGAGCAUUCAUUCAUGCAUAGCACUCUUAAGGUCCCACCACAGCAUUUUGAUCAGGUUGAGGUCUGGACUUUGACUGGGCCACUGCAGCACCUAUUCUUGUUUCUGUUGCAUAACCCAGUUUAGACCAAGCUUUAGCUGUCAGACAGAUGCCUCGCAUUUGACUCUACAAUACUUCAGUACACAGAGUUCGUGGUCGACUCAGUGACUGCAAGGUGUCCAGAUCCUCUGGCUACAAAACAAACCCAAGUCAUCAUCCCUUCACCACCGUGCUUGAAAGUUAGUGUGAGGUGUAUAUGCUGUGAUUGGUUUUCACCAAAUGCAACCCAGUGUAUUCUGGUCAUAGAUCUCCACUUUAGUCUUGUCUGUCCAAAGGACACUGUGGCAGAAGUCUUCUGGUUUGUUCAGAUGCAACUUUGCAAACCUAAGCUGUGCCACCAUGUUCUUUUUAGAGAGAAGAGGCUUUCUCCUGGCAAUCCUUCAAACCAGGCUGUACUUGUUGAGUCUGUUUCUAAUUGUACUGUCAUGAACUUUAAUAUUUAAUAUGCUAACUGAGGCCUGUAGAGUCUGAGAUGAAGCUCUUGGGGUUUUUUUGCAGUUUCUCUGAGCAUUGCACGGUCUGACUUUGGGGUGAAUUCGCCGGGAGUCGAAAUUCCAGCAAAUUGAUGGGAGACUGUGGCACUCCAGACCUGCAAAAUGCUAAAACCUCUGCUUUUAUGUUCACGCUUGCUGAUCAUUUAAUCAAGUGCAUUUGAUUAGCAGCACCAGGGUGCUACUUAAGUUUUAUGGAAGCAGUAAGGGUGUACUUUGAGAGGACUGCAAUAGCUCUGAACUGUAGCCUUUGGUUUAUUUGUAUUUUUUAGAGCUUUUAAUCAUAAAAGCAUAAAAUCACACAUUCUUGACAAGAAAAUAAUUUUCAUUCAGUAUUUCUCACCAAAGAGCUUUAUGCACACCCUUGAGACUUUGCAGCUCUGCUGAGUGCAUUCCCUGCUUUAUAACAAACUGUAUUUGUAAUGCCUGUUUUUAAAAAAAUACUACUGAACUUUCCAGUGUUUAAAUGUUUGGAAACAUUUAGCAGGAUUUUUCCUGGCCAAGAAGUGGCGUUUGUGGGAUGACUACACGUUCAGGCGUGAUCGAGCCACACAGUAAAGGCAGUGAUUCAGUGUUACUUUGAUAGAAAUCUGUGCAUUUUCCUGGUAUUUCUGGCCAUAUGAUGACCAAAAUGAGAUUAUCUGGAUAAAUAAA